AUGGGCAUUAUCAUCUCGAAGCUUUUUAACCAGUACUUUGGGAACAAAGAAGUGAGAAUCCUGGUUCUGGGACUCGAUAAUGCUGGAAAGACCUCCAUUCUUUAUCGUAUGCAGUUAGAUGAAGUGGUGUCUACCGUUCCUACGAUCGGUUUCAAUGUGGAGACCUUGAAAUAUAAGAAUAUCACGUUCCAAGUGUGGGAUCUUGGCGGUCAAACCAGUAUUCGUCCCUAUUGGAGAUGUUACUUCCAUAACACAGAUGCUGUCGUAUACGUAGUCGACAGUGCUGAUAUAGAUCGUCUGAACCUCGCUAAAGUAGAACUGGCUGCAAUUCUGAAGGAGGACGAGCUCAAGGGCGUGUCGCUGCUGGUGUUUGCCAACAAGCAAGAUUUACCUGGAGCCUUGAACGGAGCAAAGAUAUCGGAAGCUUUGGGUCUUACCGAAAUCCGAGAUAGAAAAUGGACUCUUUUUGAAAGUUCUGCUGCAAAUGGCAUUGGUCUGAAAGACGGAUUUGACUGGUUGGCUGAUGAGUUGACUGCAGAAACAAAGUAAAUGUGACACGGUUUUGAACA